GGUGCACCAGACUUGAUUAACAGUCACCUGCCUGCGAACCUUGGAAGCACUGCAGACAGAAAGUUACGCCGCCGUAAUACAAUACCGCUAACUCAGCCGUUUCGAAAAGCUAUGCACGCCAUGUGACGAUGCUUGCCCAAUCCCCUCUAGCGUUCGCGGAAGCAGCUGAAAACUUCCGCUGGCGCUUCUUUUCCCUAACUCGCCUCUUCCGACACCCUACCCCUGCACGAUUCUGGCCCUCCAGCUGCGCAUGUGCCUGCCCUCGUCGCCAUGGCUGUGCCUCUUGGACCCUGAGUCAAUCCGACUGUCCACACCAGCUAGACAGCCUCACGAGCAGUUUAGCACCGUCGAGAACAGAAAGUACUUUCCCUCCGCGACAGCCUUGUUUUCCGCUUUCUGCUUCCGUCAUUUUGUCAUACGUACUGUCUGCGCAAAUCCCCCGCACUGGGGUUCGGCAACACGGGAUCCUUUCAAUUCUUCCGUGGCGGUCAAGAACAGCCUCUGCAAGUUCUGGUGACAUGGCUGCUUUCGGUGUGGACAACUCCGCCUUUGUCUCUGCGGUUGCGAAUUUUACCGCCUACCACCAACGCUGCACUGGUUAUGUGAAUCCGCAAGCCAUUGUUCGCUAGGUUCCUAGAUGCGUUGGUUAUUCGCAAGGAUGCCAGACCACGCGGUACAAGCCCGGUGGCCACCUGGUUAAAGUGCUGUCCUCGACACCUUUGAGACAUGCCAACUACCCCAGAUAAUCCGCUCUAGAGUUUGGGGUAGCGACAGGUACCCUGUGCUAAGGUGCACUGUGCGCCCACUUGUCCUCCAGUAACUACCAAGUUGGCUGCUCUGCUACGUCAGUCCAGUACACGGCAAUCUCUCGAGGUCAUCUGGGGCGGCUGCCGAAUCACCAAGCCGCAAAAGCAUCAUGUGCGACCGCACGUUAUCGCUGAAUGCGGCGUGAUGUCUGUUUCAUGAGUUGUACACCGGCAGCUACAACUCUACGU